AGCAGCAUGUGAAUCAACAUCUGGCGUCAGACUGAUGAUAAACCUUGAUGCUUCACCAGACACGUUUGAAAACUUGCUUGAGAAUUAGAGGCAUUUUUAUUUAAUAGUUUUCAUGGUGAACUCGGAGAAGAUUCAGCUGAACCGGCGGGAAAAUGCUUCAACGGAUUCGCUUGAACUUCUGGGUCUGUUGGAUCAUUCGGAGGAGGAAUACUUGAACACACAGUCUGAGCACGAUUCCAAGCCAACGUGUCAUUGUCAUGGUCUGAAAGACAGCAGGUGCACGAGACGACACAAAACACAGGCCAAGAGAAAGUUACUCAUCACAUCACUUGUGUGUCUGAUCUUCAUGAUCGGAGAAGUCAUUGGUGGAUAUGCUGCUCACAGUCUCGCUAUAAUGACAGACGCCGCUCAUCUUCUCACUGACCUCUGCAGUAUGUUGGUUAGUCUCUUCUCACUGUGGAUCUCCUCAAGACCCUCCUCUAAACGUCUGACGUUUGGAUGGCAUCGCUCAGAGGUUUUGGGUGCCCUGCUGUCUGUUUUGUCCAUCUGGGCGGUGACGAUAGUUCUCGUCUUGUUUGCUGUUCAGAGGAUCAUCAGUGAUGAUUAUGAUAUAGACAGUGAUGUUAUGCUUAUCACCGCUGGAUGUGCCGUAGUACUGAACAUUCUACUGGUUUUAAUUCUUCAUCAGGGGUCAGCGAUUCAUCACCAUCACGGUCAUUCUGAUGGUUUGACAGAAGAUCACAGGAACACCAGCGUGAGAGCUGCUUUCAUACACACAGUUGGAGAUCUAAUGCAGAGUUUUGGGGUGUUGCUCGCUGCCAUUGUCAUUUACUUUCGGCCUGGAUGGAAAAUAGCAGAUCCUAUCUGUACAUUUCUGUUUUCAAUAUUUGUACUCGGUACGACGUUUACCAUUCUGAAAGACAUCUUUAAUAUACUCAUGGAAGGAGUUCCUCCUGGUGUUAACUUCAACUCUAUCAAAGAUCUUUUGUUAUCGGUUGAAGGCGUCAAAUCCAUGCAUGAUCUGCACAUGUGGUCACUUACUACAAAUGAAACGCAGCUUACUGUCCAUGCUGUUAUAGAUGAACAGACUGACCAACAGACUGCUGUGAUGGACAUAACCAAACUACUUCAGUCAAAAUAUGGAUUUGUCAAUAUCACCGUUCAAACAGAAACAUACAGAGAUGGCAGGAGUUUUUGCUUACAGUGUCAAGACCCAACAGACUGA